UGCGGCAGUGACGCCAGUGCGGGCCCCCGGCUCGUGGUGAGUGGGCGUGACUCGCGACUUUUAGCCCCCUCCCUCCUGUCUCCUCGUCAGUGUGGGCGGGCCCCAGUCAGGAGAGAGCGAGCGAAACACGACACCCCCGAGGAACCGAGCGAGGCGCGGGGGGGAGGAGAGCAGCGCUGAGUGGAGUGGUGUGAGAGUGAGUGGAGCACUAAAAAGUCUGCGAAGAAACACAGGUUUGCUUUCUAACCUUCGUUUCUGACACACAAGUAGUAGAGCUUUGAAGCCGGACUGUGAGAAAGAUGCGGCCGGGACGGAGUAAGCAGCUACCGGACAGUUAGCCAAACUACUUGAAGAGGAGGAGACGGAGUGAAAGGCUUUUCGGUUGCCUCUCGAAUCGGGACGGUUGGUUGUUUCCCCGAAGCGAGUUGAGCAGAUUGAAACGCUCCCAGUUGCUCCAGGACCAGCAGCGAGGACCCACAAACGUACAUAUUUUUUUCUUCUUUUUUUUUUAAUAGGAGGAGGACUUUUCGGUUUUUAUUGAUCCGGAGAAACCGAAGGAGUAAGAGCAGAGCGGCUGUAACGAGGACAGAGCCGCUGAAGCGGUAGCUCCCGAAAGAAGAAGAAGAAAAAAGUUUUCAGCGUGUCUUUACCAAGUUUUCCAGACUGGAAACCGGAGCGGGAAGAAGAGGCCAGAGAGACUGACUUUUUCUUCCACAAGCAACUUUUGUGGAGUUCCUCCAGUUUAGCUUUCCAGUUCAGCUGAAGCAGAAUGAAAACACCUGGAGAUACUGGGUUCGCCUUUCCAGAAUGGGCCUACAAGCCAGAGUCGAGCCCCGGGUCCAGGCAGAUCCAGUUGUGGCACUUCAUCCUGGAGCUGCUCAGGAAAGAGGAGUAUCAUGAUGUUAUCGCGUGGCAAGGCGACUACGGGGAGUUCGUCAUCAAGGACCCGGACGAGGUGGCCCGGCUGUGGGGGGCGAGGAAGUGUAAACCACAGAUGAACUACGACAAGCUCAGCAGGGCACUGAGAUACUACUACAACAAGAGGAUCCUUCAUAAGACCAAAGGCAAGAGGUUCACCUAUAAGUUCAACUUCAACAAACUGGUUUUGGUCAACUACCCAUUUUUCGAUGUGGGUUCCAGUGGAAGCAGUGUACCUCAGAGUGCGCCGCCUGUCCCCACCGGCGCAGGAACCCAUUUUCGUUUCCCUCCUUCCACGCCUUCUGAGGUCCUCUCCCCCAACGAGGAUCUGCGCAGCCCCGGGGGCAUGUUCAGCACCGUGGCGCGACGGAUGGCCCGCGGCUCCGUCAGCGACUGCAGCGACGGCACUUCGGUCAACUCAGAGAUCGAGGAGGGGAACGGUGGUGCAGGAGAGGAGAGGGGUGAGAGGAGUGUGAGCGGAGGAGGAGGGGGCCCCGCCGGCGGCGGGAGUUACCGGAGCAUCAUCCAUCCGCGUCUGUCUCAUGAGGCUCUCUUCCGUAUGUACGGAGGGCCGGGUAACCCUGCAGGCCACCCCGGGCCGCGAGGCCCCGCGGGGCACCGGAUCCACCAGGAGCCGCUGUCUCCCUUCCCAGUGUCCCCACUGCCUGGACCCCCAGGGGCGGGCCUCUUGGCCCCUCCUCUGUCUCCAGCGCUGUCCAUGACCCCAACGUCCCACCUGCCCUACACCCCGUCCCCCACGCUGUCUCCCAUGCUGGGCUCCCACUUCUCCUUCAACCCAGAGGACAUGAAGCGCUACCUGCAGGCCCACACCCAGUCCGUUUACAACUACGGCCUCAGCCCCCGGGCGUUCCUCCAGUACCCCAACAUCGUGAUCCCUCAGCCCCACCGGCCCGCCGCCGACAAGUCUGGCCUGGCCGCUGAGAGGGCAGAGCGAGGCGGAGGAGGGGAGAGGGCCGGAGACCGACACCAUCACCCGUCUCUGGCUCACUCCGCCCACCACCACCCACAGCCUCCUCACUCAGCCCACUCACACCCCCAUUCUCACCCCAUGCACCACCCUCUCCACCUGGGGGAGGAGCCACCUCACAUGUCUCCCUUCAAAUUCAAGCUGCAGCCGCCACCUCUGGGGAGGAAGCAGAGGGACGGACAGAGCCAGGGUAAACCGAGGCAGAGCUCCCUGUCCUCUGGCUCCGGGUCCGGGUCCAUGUCCUCCACCUCUGGACUGGGGUCCUCGCUGUCCUUUGGCAGCGAUCUGAGCUCAGCAAGCGGGUCAGGAGUCAUUUCUGCCUCCUCCUCAACGCAGUCCUUGAACAGUGCUGGACUCCCAAAGAUAAAGGUGGAGCCCAUCUCUGACAUAGAGUCAGAGGAAGAGGUGGAGGUGACGGACAUCAGCGAUGAAGACCCAGACGAAAGGGAUAAUGAGUUUGAGCUCUUCUCCGCUCGACACUCCAGAGUUUCCAACCAUCACCACAACCAUCACCUGUCCAACGGCACGGCGGCCACCCAUCAUCCGUCGCAGGAUGAAGACCUGGACGAGGACGUCUUCAAAGCCCCCGCUCCUCCUCCUCCGGGUCUGAUGCCGUUCUUCACCUCACAGCACGCCCACCGCGGCCUGACCGCCCUCAAGAGUGAACCGGUGGAGCCGGGUGAGAGCCACGCCGCCCAGUCCCAGACGGCCUCGACCGGAGCCGCGCAGGGGAAGUGCAUCCCUCUGAAGCUGCGGUUCAAGAGGCGCUGGAGUGAGGACCAGCGCAUGGAGGCGUCGCAGGAAGAGUCGGACGACAAGAAGGUCCGACCGGAGGAGGGGAGGAAUAAAGGGAGGCAAACUAACGGAUGUGUGGAGAUGGAGGAGGACGGGGAAGACGGAGACAGUCCCCCUCCGCUAGCUUACGAGGGGUCUUUAUCGGCGCCUCUGGCUUCACAUCGGAGGGUCAGCGCCGAGCUGCACCGCGCCACGGCCCAGCUGUCCCUGGAGAACAAAGACUGCUGAGGAGCCCCAACACUACUGCUGCAGCAGUACAGGAGUUUGUAAAUGUAAUCCCACUCCCACACUGACAAACUAGACGACCCGAGAGCAGAGCCUGACACACACGCUCAUAAAACUGACACAGCCAGACUCCUGUUGAGUCAGAGUCGCCAUCAAUCCUGGAAGAACCAGCUCCCACACUGCAAAAACACAGCAAGCAGCAUUUUAUCUAGUUCCUAUUGCAAAUGUCUUAGUACCGUUGAAAUUAGACAAAAUGUAUAUACAAGUAACUGUACAGCACGAUGUAGGAGCUUGUUUAGAGUCAAAUUUUCAAGUCCUGCCACAUAUUUUCAGUUGCACUUAGGUCUAGACUUUGACUAGACCAUUUUAAUAUGUGAAUAUUUUUUAAUCUAAACCAGUGGUGCCCAAAAUGUUUGCGGAAACUGCCAAAUUUAAACUACUGGCAGGACACAGAGUUGCUGAAAUUAAAAAUGCAAAAAGGAAUGUAUUGCGAUUUUACUUUGUUUUUAACAUUCUACCUGCUCGACAAUGCAAAAAUUUUAUGAAAUCUAUAUAUUUAAAAACUCAAAACAAAAAAAGGGGCAACAAUUUGUUUAAUGUGAUUUCUCUUAAUUUUACCUGCUCGACAGUUAACAAAAAAUGUUAGUAAAUCUAUAAAGUCUUACACACUAAGAAUAUUUAGACUUUCCACAUUGUUGCCUUAGUAAAUGAAAAACAGACAAUUUAAUAUUUAUGAAAAAGUCCUAGUUGUUGAUGAAUAAUCAAAUUGUACUACUUUUUUCACUUAUAACUGGCACUUUUUCAUCAACAUUAACAAAUUAUUGACUUAAAACAAGCUCCUCCAUCUU